AUAGGCGACAAAAUGUCUCAACCACAACAAGAACAAAAACAGCAACAACAACAGUCCACACCAGCCAAAAGCAUUCCAAAUGGUUUGAAAUUUGUAUUUGGCGGUGGAGCCGGCAUGGGUGCCACCAUGAUUGUGCAACCCUUUGAUUUGGUCAAGACACGCAUGCAAAUUUCCGGUGCCGGCAGUGGCAAAAAAGAAUUCCGCAACUCCUUCCACUGCAUGCAGACUGUGAUAAGCAAAGAGGGUCCUUUGGGUUUGUAUCAGGGUAUUGGCGCCGCUCUAUUACGUCAGGCCACAUACACCACCGGUCGUUUGGGCAUGUUCUCGUACUUAAACGAUGCCUACAAGACCUAUUUCAACAAGGAUCCCAAUGUAUCGGCUAGUAUGUUGAUGGGUGUUAUUGCUGGAGCUUGUGGUGCCUUCAUUGGCACCCCCGCCGAAGUUGCUCUCGUGCGUAUGGCCUCCGAUGGUCGUCUGCCUUUGGCCGAAAGACGUAACUACAAGAAUGUUUUCAAUGCCCUGACACGCAUCACCACCGAAGAAGGUUUGGCCACAUUAUGGCGUGGCAGUCUUCCCACCGUUGGCCGUGCCAUGGUCGUCAACAUGACUCAACUUGCCUCCUAUUCACAAUUCAAAACCUACUUCCGCAAGGGACCAUUGCAAAUGGAAGAAGGUAUCAAAUUGCAUUUCUGUGCCAGUAUGUUGUCCGGUUUGCUGACCACAAUUGCCUCCAUGCCCUUGGAUAUGGCCAAGACUCGCAUCCAAAAUCAGAAAUAUGUCGAUGGUAAGCCCGAAUAUCGUGGUACCUUCGACGUCUUGGGUCGUGUAUUGCGCCAAGAAGGUGUCUUUGCUCUCUGGAAGGGUUUCACACCCUACUACUGCCGUUUGGGUCCACACACUGUGCUGACAUUCAUUUUCCUCGAACAAUUGAAUCAGGCCUAUUUCAACUUUGCCGCCAAAAAGGAUCUGUGAUUGUAAAG